CCUUUCUCGGGGUGUGAGCGGCUUCCCAGGACGGAAGGAAGGUCAGGGGAAGGGGACGCGUACCCUCAGCCGGGGAUCACCAGGCGGUUCACCAGUGUAGGCGAGACACCCGGGCGCCGCCCCUGAGGGCUCCAAACUACAAUUCCCAGAGGACGCGAGGAGGGGAGUCGCCCGACGUCCAUCGCGGAAGCUGCUGGGGAUUGUAGUCCCAGCUUACGACUUUGGACUCCGUUGCUGGGAAAAUCUGUAAAGAUCCAACCCAUCCUUUUUAUCGACGGGGAGAUUGAGGCUCAGAGACUAGAGGGGCUACUGAUUUUUCGAGGCUCUUUUCUCGCCUUAGGGACGGGGCAUCCGUCCCUAACCUCCCCCAUCCUCUAACCUUCUACCCCUUUGGUGGCGUCCACAUCUUUUUGUACAAGGGGAAACCCAAACCUAGAGGGGUGGGGCAGGGAUUCAGGAGGCUGCCUCCCUCAGUCACGGCGUGGUUAAAGUCGAUUCUAUCUACGUGGUCAGGUCGCCCUCGGCUUCCGGACCUCGCCCUUUCUGUCUGUGAAAUGGAUUUUCGCUGAUUCCCAAAGGGAACGUCUCAGGCUGCGUACUGCCCCCCUCCAGGACUACAAGUCCCAAGGUGCUCGAGGCGACCCCUACUCCCCCUCUCCUCCGGGACCCGCCUCCCAACAGCCGGAGUCACGUCGUCUAACCUGUUCCCGGCGCCUGCCCCGCCCCGUUCUCCGCUCCCCGCAGCCGGAGCCGGAGCCGGAGCCGGAGGAAGUCCCCCGGUGCCAGGAUUUGCCCCGGAUCCGACCCCUGGUUCCCUGCGGGCGGGAUCUGAGAAGGCUUCCCUUCCCCCGCCCCCCCCAACACCACACCUCAGCAGGCGCCCCGCUUUGGCCGGCACCAUGGACAGCGAGGCAUUCCAGAGCACGAGGGACCUUCUGGACCUGAACUUCCAGUCUCUGGCCAUGAAGCACAUGGACCUGAAGCAGAUGGAGCUGGACACGGCAGCGGCCAAGGUGGACGAGCUCACCAAACAGCUGGAGUCGCUGUGGUCAGACUCACCCACGCCUCCUGGCUCGCAGGCUGGAGCCCCCCCUAGGCCGUCCCGGUACAGCUCCAGCCCGGUCCCCGAGUCCUUCAGCAUCCGCGGGUCUCCCCGGAAGGCGGCCACCGACGGUGCAGACACCCCAUUCGGACGCUCCGAGAGUGCCCCGACUCUGCACCCCUACAGCCCGCUGUCUCCUAAAGGCCGGCCCUCAUCACCGCGCACCCCGCUCUACCUGCAGCCAGAUGCCUACGGCACCCUGGACCGAGCGCCCUCGCCCCGGCCCCGCGCCUUCGAUGGCACAGGCAGCUCCCUCGGCCGUGCGCCCUCCCCGCGGCCGGGAUCCGGCCCGCUCCGGCAGCAGGGCCCCCCUACGCCCUUUGACUUCCUGGGCCGCGCGGGUUCCCCGCGGGGCAGCCCCCUGGCGGAGGGACCCCAGGCCUUUUUCCCGGAGCGCGGGCCCUCGCCACGCCCCCAGACCUCAGCCUACGAUGCGUCCGUGGCCUUUGGGAGCCCCCUACUGGGCGCGGGCGGUAGCGCUUUCGCUCCACCUCUGCGCGCUCAAGACGACUUAACGCUGCGCCGGCGGCCCCCCAAAGCCUGGAAUGAGUCUGACCUAGACGUGGCGUAUGAAAAGAAGUCUUCGCAGACCGCCAGCUAUGAACGCUUGGACGUCUUCUCACGGCCCGCUUCGCCUGGCCUGCAGCUGUUACCCUGGAGAGAGAGCAGCCUGGAUGGGCUGGGGGCCACCAGCAAGGACAACCUCACCAGCGCCACUCUGCCCCGCAAUUACAAGGUUUCCCCUCUGGCCAACGACCGGCGUUCUGAUGUGGGCAGCUACCGCAGAUCGCUGGGCUCCCCGGCGCCGUCAGGCACUUUGCCCCGCAGCUGGCAGCCUGUCAGCCGCAUCCCCAUGCCCCCUUCCAGCCCCCAGCCCCGCGGAGCCCCACGCCAGCGCCCCAUCCCUCUCAGCAUGAUAUUCAGGCUGCAGAAUGCCUUCUGGGAGCAUGGGGCCAGCAGGGCCAUGCUCCCUGGUUCCCCCAUCUUCUCCCGAGCACCCCCACCUAAGCUGCCUCCACAGCCCCAGGCACCCCCUCAGCCCCAGCCUCCAUCCCCUCCCCAGCCCCAACCCCAACCCCAGCCUCAACCCCCUGUCCCAGCCCCGCAACCUCCCCAACAGAUUUGGCCCUCUGUGAGCGAAGGCCCCCCCAAACCUCCCCCGGAGCUGGAGCCCGAGCCCGAGCUGGAGGGGCUGCUGGCACCAGUGCUGGAGGGCGGUGAUGCAGAUGAGGGCGCUGUAACUCGGCCCCUCAGCCCCACGAGGCUGCAGCCAGCCCUGCCCCCUGAGGCGCAGUCAGUGCCCGAGCUGGAGGAGGUGGCACGGGUGCUGGCAGAGAUACCGCGCCCCCUCAAACGCAGGGGCUCCAUGGAGCAGAGCCCCGCUGUAGCCCUGCCCCCCACCCACAAGAAGCAGUACCAGCAGCUCAUCAGCCGCCUCUUCCAUCGGCAUGGCGGGCCUGGGGGUCCUGAACCCGAACUGUCCUCCAUCAGUGAGGGAUCCGAAGCGAGGGCAGGGCCCCCUGCUCCUGCCCCACCAGCUCCCAUCCCACCCCCGGCCCUGCCUCAGGUCAGCCCACCAGAGCAGCUGCAGAGCAUGGAGAUGCGCUCGGUGCUGCGGAAGGCCGGCUCCCCCCGCAAGGUUCGCCGCGCGCGCCUCAACCCGCUUGUGCUCCUGCUGGACGCAGCGCUGACCGGGGAGCUGGACGUGGUGCAGCAGGCAGUGAAGGAGAUGAAUGACCCGAGCCAGCCCAAUGAGGAGGGCAUCACCGCCCUGCACAAUGCCAUCUGCGGCGCCAACUACCCCAUCGUGGACUUCCUCAUCGCGGCCGGUGCCAACGUCAACUCCCCAGACAGCCACGGCUGGACACCAUUGCACUGCGCAGCGUCGUGCAACGACACGGCCAUCUGCACAGCGCUGGUGCAGCACGGCGCAGCCAUCUUCGCCACCACGCUCAGUGACGGAGCCACCGCCAUCGAGAAGUGCGACCCCUACCGCGAGGGUUACGCUGACUGCGCCACUUACCUGGCAGAUGUGGAGCAGAGCAUGGGCCUGAUGCACAACGGGGCGGUGUACGCCCUCUGGGACUACAGCGCGGAGUUCGGAGACGAGCUGUCCUUCCGCGAGGGCGAGUCGGUCACCGUGCUGCGGAGGGACGGACCCGAGGAGACCGACUGGUGGUGGGCUGCGCUGCAUGGGCAGGAGGGCUACGUACCUCGUAACUACUUUGGGCUCUUCCCCAGGGUGAAGACUCAGAGGAAUAAGGUCUAGCUGCACAGAAGGUCAUUGCCAAGGGAGGCAGGAGCGGGCAGCCCUGCCUUUGCCCCAGACCUCUCCUCAGUAACUGCUGCAUCUCCUUGGGCCCCAAGCCCUAUAGGGGUGGGGUCCUCACCUCCAGCUCUCUGCUUCCCUGGAAGCCCAGGGGAGAAGGAGAACCUCAGCCUUAAGUUUAGAAGCUGCCUUAGCCUCGGGAGAUCACCUUGGGCCUGGGAAUCAUCGGAGGCAAGAGACUUCCCCUCCUCCCCCAGCCUCCUCCAUUUGCCAAAUCAGAUCCUGUCCAAAGUGCCUCUCGCUCCUGCUGCCAACCCCUCCCACCCCCUCCAAACAAGCCAACAUAUCAUCCUAGGAGAGCCUGGGGUGUGUCACUUCCACCAGAUUUUCCCGGGAGUCACCUCUGCCCUCAUCUCUCCAGGGCUGGGCGAGACACACUGGUCCCCAGCUGUCCCCACUCAAGUGCCUUCACUCAGUGCCGGUUUUAUAACCAAAUAGGGACAUUUUUCCUUAUAAAUAAAGGUAGUUUGCACAGAAA